AUGAUCGCGAACCAGCUCCUGAUCGUCCUCGCCUUUGGCAUGAGUCUCGUCUCUGCCCAUUUCCGCGUCGAAUACCCUUACUGGCGAGGAGACUCCUUCAAAACCCAGUACACCAGACCAUGCGGCGGCGUUAAUGUCACCCAUAACCGCACCCAGUGGCCCGUCGACGGCGGCUCUAUCCUCUUCAAGCCCUCUCACCACUGGGCUCUGACAUACGUCAACCUCGGCCUAGGAGACGACGACUCCAUCAUCUUCAACACCACGCUCGUCCAUGGCUUCAACCAGACUGGCAACGGCACGUUCUGCUUCCCUAAGAUCUCCAUCCCAACCAACCUAGGUAUCCAGGACGGCACGAACGCAAGUCUGCAACUUGUGCAGGUAUCUGACGGCGGCUCUUCUUUGUACAACUGUAUGGACAUCACCUUCUCCAAGUCGCCCAGCAAUCUCCUUGCUCAAAACAUGUGUGUCAACUCCACUGGUGUUGGCGGCGUGGCCAUCAGCUCUACUCCUACCUCAGGAGGAGGCUCCCCGUCCGCCUCGCCGUCCCAUGCUGGUGCUGUCUCCAACGCUGGAGCUAUGGGUAUGGGGGCUGUGGGUUUGUUUGCCAUGGUCAUUGCUAGCUUGCUUGCUUAG